UCGGCACUUCCGGGUUUAAAUAUUUCAAAUUUCAAAGCUUUUGAAAAUAUGGUGCAAUUACCUAGGAUAUCUUUAUCAAAAACAAAAAUUUAAUGAUUUUGAUCAUAUGAGGCUGCUUUGUGGUCAAGAAUAGCUGUACAUCUACAAAAGUCAAAAUGUCCACUUCACUGUUGACUGAAUUAUACAUUGAACAAGUUGAGAAACAUUGGCCGAAAAGCGGAAAACAUAUUUUGGCGCAAUACACAGAAAAUUCUGUUGUUGUUUAUCAAGCUUUUAAUCAAGCAAUAGCAGAUUAUGCAAUUGAGAACCAAAGAUUUGGUGGCCCAGCAUUUAGCUAUGACAGGAUGUCAUGGGUGAAGCCUAAUUUCCUGUGGAUGACCUACAGAUGCGGUUGGGCGAGUAAGAAACAGCAGGAGCGAGUCUUAGCAGUAACUAUCACUAAGGAGGGAUUUGAAGAAAUACUUCAAAAUGCCUAUACAGUUCAUCGAGAGAGAAAAGAAGGAAAAACCAAGAAGGAUAUUAACAUAAGGCUACAGUGGGACCCUGAUCACGCUCCAGAUUAUACCAAACAAGAAAGGAAAGCAAUUCAACUUGGGCUAAAAAAUGAUGUGCUCAAAAAGUAUGGAAACGAGUGGAUACUCAAAAUUGAGGAUAUCACAGACUUUGUUAAGGAACAGUACAGGGUGUUACAAAAUGAUGGUAUAGAACAUUUGAUGGUCCCGAGGGAACGUGUUUAUCAUCCAUCUACUCAAGAUAUAUGUGAGAAAAUCGAGCUGGAUACAGCCUUAUCGGACACCCUGUAAUGUGCAAAUAUAAUAUACAAGCAAUUCCAAAGAGGGUCAGGAAGUUAAGGGCUGAGCUUAAAUCAAUCUCAACAGCACUAACUGGGCCAAUCAAAGGAAGAACAACUUUAACUGCAAUUUACAAUAACUAAAAGGUCUUAGUCAACUUGCAAGAUGAUUGAUUGUUCAAGACCUACCUUUACUUUGUAAAUUGUAGAAAAAUACCACAUUGAGUUAAAUGAAAAGAAAUAUACAUGUUAUUAAUAUUAGGUUUUUUCACAUAUUUUAUUUUGUAUUUACAUUUUUACAUAUGCAAUAUUUACAAUACUUGAAAUGGUAUCAUUUUACCAUUAUAGAAAUAUUUGUUCCAUUUUUUUUAUUAUUUUAUAGUUCAACAUAAUGUAUUUCUAGUAUUAAAAUAUAAAUAAGAUAAAACAAAGAUUGUGUGUUUGUAAUUAAUUGGCAAUACUCUAACAUCAGUGAUCUCCCUAGCAUUAAAG